GCUGGUGACAAUCUGAUGUGGGAUGGGCGUCGCGUUAAACGUAGGAACGCAGCUUUUUUUCUCUCGUCGUAAUGAAAAUGAAUGGUGAUAUCGCGACGUAUAAACAUGGCGAUCAUUUGAUACUGCAGUCGUUCUCCAAUCCAGACGAGGCGCGAGUACUGCGGCUGCUCGUGAUACCGAUGGAAUACGUGCGGAGUGGCGUAAUUCGUACGGUCUAACUAACGUUACCCCCUGACACAUUCGGGGGGCCUCGCGAAGACUAAGGAGACGCGAGAUAUCGCGAAUAAAAAUAUCUCCCAUCGGAACUUGUCGGGUGGCGUAUCGCUUGGUCGUUUUUCCAUAAGGCUGCUGCGACGCGGAAUCGAAAGGAGGAGCAACGCGCGUCGUGUACGCUAAGAUGGCCCGGGAGUACGACCAUCUGUUCAAGCUGCUCAUUAUAGGAGACAGUGGUGUAGGUAAGAGCUCACUGCUUCUGAGAUUUGCUGACAAUACCUUCAAUGGCAGUUACAUAACUACAAUAGGAGUGGACUUUAAGAUACAGACUGUGGAGGUAGAUGGUGAGCGAGUAAAGCUGCAAAUUUGGGAUACCGCUGGACAAGAACGUUUCCGGACAAUAACUUCAACUUACUACAGGGGAACACAUGGCGUUAUAGUUGUGUACGAUGUGACCAGCGGUGAUACAUUCGCGAACGUUAAACGGUGGUUGCACGAAAUCGAACAGAAUUGUGAUGUGGUUAACAGGGUACUUGUAGGAAAUAAAAAUGAUGCGCCUAAUCAGAAGGUGGUAUUAACAGAAGAUGCACAGAGAUUUGCCAAUCAAAUGGGAAUCCAGUUAUUUGAGACUUCUGCCAAGGACAACAUCAAUGUUGAGGAGAUGUUUAUGGCGAUAACGCGGCAAGUGUUGCGGACCAAAAAAGAGCGUAAGGAACGGCAAGCCAUACAGACUAAUGAGAUAGUCAACUUGAGGAAAAACACAAAACAGCACAGGAAAAAAUGUUGUUAGCGAGUGUCGUAUAAACACGCUAUUCCCUAUAAACAAAAUAUUCUUUGAUACGAUAAUUAGGACAGAAUAAAACAGAGAGCAUGUGUUAAUAUUACACGAGUGGACAUGAGGCGCUGGAAACCCUGAUAUUUUCUAACACUGAGUUUUGUAUUCCAAUUACGAUACCUAAGAUUGUAUCCUAACUGAAGUAUACUUUUUUGAUGAUAGUAUUUAACAUAAUAGAAUCGAAAUAUCGAACAAGCGCAUAAAGGCUUAUUUAGUGAAAAUACAAUCGUGUGUGCGGCAUUCAUUUUUUAAUAUGUCAACUACUUGGCGUGCUAUGUUGACGGCCUAUUCAUUUGUAAUAUUUACGGAAAGGUAACUCGCUCAUAUACGCGUAUGUAUUUAAAAAAAAUCAUUGUUUCACAUACACAUUUUUUUAAACACAUUUUGUACACAAAUGCAUUUCAUUCAUAUCAUGUCGUUGAACAAAGACAUCAUAACUGACGAACAUUAUUAUCAACAUCUUCCGCCAGUUUUUUUCUAGAGUCAUUUUGGUCAUUGUAAAAUUUUGCUGCAUUCAAUAAUGAGUUACCAUAUGCUAAAUAAGUUGUGUUUAGAAUGAAUAGGGUUAAAAGUUUCUUGAACCAAUAGGCGACAAAUAUUUAGCUGGUCCAAAUAAUUUCUUAGGACAUUUUAGUAAAAUUAAGGUUCCUGUAGCUUGAUGACGCUUUCAAUACAAUCUAAAAUCUAAAAAAUUCAAUCGAAUACAUGAAAUCGAUUAGUGAUAUGCAACGGUAUGUAAAAUUAUAAAUGGUGUAAAAAAAAAGAUCGUUAUAUGAAAGCUAUAAAAAUUGCUUGGUCAUGUAAAAAUCAAUAUACUUCCAGUCAUAUAUUCAAAAGACUGUCAAAAAAAUUUUGAAGACUAAUCAACAUGACUUAAAAUAGCCGUAUUUGCAAUAUAUAAAAUUUUAUAAUUAGUUAUAAUUAAUUCUUAUUAAAAUUUUAAAUAUUUUUAAUUAUGAAAUUUGUGAUCAUUUAAUUGUACAUUAAACAAUAUUGAAAAGCACAUUUUAAGAAAGUCUUAUAAAUAGUAUCUAAUAAAAAUCAUCGAGUAUGUAGUUUUUCUUUUAUAAUUUUGUAAGGAUGAUAAAUUUGCUAGCCAAACGCAUCAAUUAUAUGUUAUACUUCCAAGGCAUUUAAAUGUGCAGUAUCGCGUGCAUCAUGCGUUAAUAAAAUGUUGAACAGUAUUAUCUCAUUUUUAAUUCUGUGUAUGAUCUAAUGUUUCUUAAUGGCUUUGUAAUGAGGGAAAGUUGAAAAGCUAUCUCUCUCUUUCUCUUGUAAACGUCCAAAUUUUAUAUACUCAAAUAUAAAAAAUAUGCAAGUAUUUUAAAUUGUCCAUGCAUUUGCGAUGAAUACAUACACACUUAUAUACACAUACACACAAUUAAAUAUUUAUUGCAGAAGGGUAGAUAGCAAGAUGAUAAAUUUGAUAAAAUAUAACGAUCGGGUCAUGUCCAGCUAUGACAGAAGCUGUCUGUAUUAAUCUGUGAUAAUAGUUAAGAUAAUGUCGCCAGCUGCCACUGUAAUACUGCUGCGUGUACCUAUUCCCCGCUCCUGUUGUAAUUGAUAUCGCUAUUAUUUUUCUCUUCCGUUUUUUUUUUCUCUUUUGUAUCACUUACAUAUCUUCCUUAGAGGCAAUAAAGCGACAUCUCACAACGUGUACAUAACUUGCCAGUUUUAGUGGCAUACUCACAAAGUAUUUUAAUCGAGCAUAUUCAAUCUUGUUUACUGUUAUACAGUUACGACGUUGUAAUAUUAUUAUACAUACGUAUGAUUAUAAAUAAAUAGGAGUCUACAUGUA